GUAACAGAUUUAAAGGAUCAUCUCGGGUUCUUUAUCCAAGCUACAUCUUCAUAUUUUAAAAGUCCUGAACCAUCAUUACGAAGAGCUGCUGCUUUACUGAUUGGUAAUCUUGUUUACCAUUGUGAAAGCUGUGAAGAUCUGAACAUAUCAACAGUCAGCCAUGGGCUAUCGUUUCUCCUGCGAGACCAGGACCCAUCUGUUCGUACUGCUGCAGCCAUUGCCAUACCUCUACUUUUUAGGCACAUUGACCUUAUGUAA